AUGGCCGCCCAAUAUGAGGUCGGACCCAAACACAAGGAAUCUGACGCCCUCUGCGAGUUCCACGAAGAACGUGGACACAAAACAGAAGAUUGCAUCGCUUUGAGGCUAGAGGUGGCAAACUUGCUGCAGCAAGGGCACCUCAAAGAACUGCUCAGCGAUAAAGGCAGGAACACCUUGGCAAGGGGUCGAGAACGUCCAGGUCCGCCAAAUCCCCCUUCACCAGCUCGUACCAUCAAUAUGAUUAUUGGUGGCAACGACGACGCCUCUACCAAUGACAUCAAAUUCACCGCCACCCACAAGCUCAAAAGAUCGAUCACUCACGAACGGUAUGACGAACUUGAAGAAAGUAUCAUCUUCGAUGAGUCAGAUGCCGACGAUUUAAGUUUUCCUCAUAAUGAUGCACUUGUCAUUACUUUACAAAUUUUAGAUACCAAUGAUAUGUGA